AUGAAUUCAGAAUAAUAAGACAGUAAUUAAUUAGCAAAGGCCAAUUUGGAAUAAUUUCUUAGAAACUGGUGGCAUUAAUUAUUAUUUGGAACUAAACUUGUAAUUGGAAUUUCUUGGUUAUUUGGUUUUAUUGAUCUCUUGAGCAAUUCAGCCUUUUAUAUAUUCAACAACUCUCCAGAAUAAACAAUACCCUUUUAAAUUUAGAGACUAUUCUUCUCACAAUUCGUUCAUUGUAUAUAUAUACCCAUUUAAGUUUGCAAUAGAUUAUACAAUCGAUUUAUUACUUGUUAUUAUAUGCGUGUAUAGCAAAUUUGAAGAAUUAGAAUCUAAGUAUUCUACAGUCAUUUUCAUUAUGUUGAUUUUUGCAAUUGGAAGUCUCACUCAAGUUAGUAUUUAUUUAAUUUGCUUAGCUCAUUUGUGUUUUGCUUCAAUGGGGAUUAUCGUUUAUUUACUCUCCAUUUUAUGAAAUUAAAGCGUACGGAUUAUGGAAUUAUUAUAUUUUUUGCGUUAUCUAAGAGUAUAACUACUUUCAAUAAUUUUUAGAUGCUUGACUGCACCAAAUGGAUAAAGCUUAUUUUUAAUUUUUCCAAUGUAAUUAAAAAAUCAAUACUACCCAAUUGUUUUAAUUAUCUUUUUUACACUUAUUCAGUAAUCAUUGACUUUUGUCUCAACAGGAUUUGUAUCAUUUGCUUUUUAUCUAUUUCAGAAUCAUCUGAAUCAAAUUCAUCAUUCUGUAUAAUCCUUAUAUAUAUACUUUUGUAGAGCAUUGAGAGAAUUGAAAAAAGCUUUCCUUUGAAGUACUUUACAGAGAGGAAUGAUUUUAAAAAAAUAUAAAAUUAUUAAGAUUAAUUAGAACCAAGCGUCGAUGCAAGAGAACUAUAAUCGGUUGAAACACCACCUGCAAAGUUUUAUAUAUUAUUAAUUUUAGAUUAACUUCUUAAGGCAAUCCAUAAUAAUUCAGGUCAUCAAUGGUGCUAUCUGAACUAUAAAAAGAAAUGAAUUCUAAGGAGAAUGAGUGUGAAUAACCUAACUAAGAUGAAGAUGAGGAGAAAAAAUAAAAUGAAUCAAAUCCCUCAGCAGAAUUUGUGUGACU